AUGUUAAACAGUGCCGAGCUCCUGUCCAGCAUCCCGACGCUGGGAGGCAAAGACUCGUCCAAUCCGCAGCAGCACCAGCACCAGCACAAGGAAGUUGUUGCGCGGUGGCGCGUUCCCCUGUACGGAAAGGUGUACGAGAUCGAGUUCGAACACGGUACCGCAAGCGGCAAACGCGUGCUGUGGAUCGACAAUCGAAGUGUUUUCCGGCGCGACUGGAUGUUCAAGCUGGUCGGCGAGGAUAUGUUCAAGCUGGAGGACAAACGGUGCAUCAUAAGAGUCGAUCCGCUGCCCGGCUUUCGCUACAGUUACUCGCUGUUCGUGGACGGAAAAUCGUACGAACAGUUCACCGAAUGCCAAGCGAAAGCACUGAAAACCUGGGAGACGAAGCUGGGCGAUAAUUUCUACCGGAUCGUGCUAGAACACAACACACUCAACAUCUACGUUAACGGGAAGCUGAUCGAGGAGAACGGCGAGUUCGUUGAUGGCGGCACCGACACGACGUUUGUCGAGGACAACAACACUUUCGUCCUGAGCGCCCGAACCAGCGGUAAUAAACGCGACGGGAUCGUUCACAAGCUCACCGUGAAUGGGACAGAAAUUUUCGAUCAGGGACGUUAAUUAAU